UUUUUCAAACGAAUAUAUCGAUACUGGCAAACGUGAAACUAUCAAUAUCGAUAUCGCUAUUUUGCAAGGGAAAAGUCUAUGAACACAACUUAAUAAAUAUUUACAAUGAGUUUCUCUGAGAAUACUUCUGACUCCGAUUGGAAGGAGGCCAAGAUAAAAGUGGAACAGCAAAUUAGCACUAAGCGGACGACUUCGAGUGGCAACCAAAGCAGCAGCAAUGGGAAACAGAAAUACAGUCAAAAGUUUUGUGAAAAGUGGCUUAGUCUCUUCGACCCAUGGCUAAAACGCUCCGCCGACGACCCCGACAAACCGUUUUGUCGUGCCUGCCAGUGCCGCCUCGACUGCAACCGCUGUCAUCUGAUGCGACAUGAACGUACAACAAAACACAAGCGAAACAUUGAAGCUCUAAUCACCAAAGGGGAGGGAGCAGUAUGCCUGGAGUUAAGUGUACGUCAGGAACGCAGCAAAUACUACCACCGCAAACGGAUGCGGGCGUUGAAAAAGUCCAUGAGUGACGAGGAAGCGCCCGAGCCAUAUGAAGAGGUGGUGACGGCAACUGCUGAAAUAACCGAGCCAAAAGUUGUACACAAGAUCGAGCAACCCUUUCGACUGGUACAAAGCGAACCAAACCAUUCCCUACCACCGAUGGAAACAAAACAGGAAACAGCGACGGCAACACUAAAUUCAAGUUCGAUUUCAAAACGCAGCGCAGCUACGACUAACGCGGAGGGUCUUAAACUCUUGAUGCAAAUCCAUCAGGAUAAAAACGAGUUGAUGGAAUCAUUCCGCGAGCUUAUGGGCGGCCAAUUGUCGCAAACGCCGCCCAAGGAGAAGAACCAUAUUGACCUGUUUUUCGAGAGCGUCAGCUCCAGCGUUAAGGCGCUCUCGCCGAAACUAAUUGCGGAGGCAAAGAUGCGGGUAUCACAGUUGAUCUGCGAAUUGGAGUUACGCGGCUUGAAGGAGGAAAGUACAAAUGCGGUAGUGCCGGGAACGUCACAAGGGCACAAUGCGUUAAAGCAUACACUCAACGGCGAACUUAGUACGCCACAGCCAGACCAACGGUUUGAUACGCUUACCUGAGAUAUUUCGAAAUAAAAUUCUUUUCAAUAUAAAUUGUAAAUAUUUCUGCUUAAAUGCUGUAUCUUUAUUAAAUCUGCGCUAGGAUCCAACUAUCGA